AUGGCGGAAGCUGGAGUAUCAUCCACGCCUAGAAGGAAGAACACCAAAAAACAAACGAAGUUGGUGGAAAAAAUGGAGGUUAUGGAUAAGGUCACGGCACUCAUACACCGCCGGGAGCACGAGAAUGGUAAAGUGGCCAAAAUUUUCCAUGCUUUGUAUCCUGAAGAUGGAUCGGAUAUCCAGCUAUCUCGAGGUAAGAUUAAGGCCUAUCAACUCUCGAUCAAGGAAGCAUAUGUUGAGUAUAAAUGCUUCCAAGACAAGAUUCUCGAGCUCGUUCCCUCUGAUGAAGUUGAAAUCCAUUAUCAGAAUUUCAAAGCAUUCGAAGAAUUGUACCUAGAAGUUUCGAUUGCCCUCGAGGAACAUUCUGAACAGAUCUCCUUCAAUGCCGUCGCCGCACCAUCUCCCUUGAGUAACCCACCAGCUCUAGUUAUCCACCAACCUCUUCGAAUGCCCAUUCCCACCUUUGAUGGUCGAUACGAAAGUUGGCCGAAAUUUAAGGCAGUUUUCAAAGACCUUGUCGAUAAGUCCCCUGACUCCCCGGCAGUAAAGUUAUACCAUCUAGAGAAAUCCCUUAUUGGAAAGGCAGCCGGGUUGAUUGACGCUAAGACCAUUAACGAGGGAAAUUAUGACCACGCUUGGCAAAUUCUCGAGGAGCGUUUUGAAAAUAAGCGCCACACUAUCGACACUCAUAUAACCGGCCUAUUUAAUUUAAAACGCAUGGCGAAGGAGAAUCAUGCUGAAUUAAGGGCUCUCCUCGACGAAUGCACGAGACAUGUUGAAUCCCUCAAAUAUCUCGAGCAGGAGUUCACAGGUAUUUCGGAGUUAAUGUUAGUCCAUCUGUUAACAACUGCGCUGGACAAAGACACUCGCCGUCGUUGGGAGGGAACAAUCAAGCACGGUGACCUCCCUUCAUAUCAUGACACGAUGAAGUUCCUGAAAGAGCAAUGCUUUGUUCUUGAAAGGUGCGAAGCAGCAAAUCAUAGCUACAAUCAACCGCAAUCCAAACCAUCCGGUGGGAAACUCCUGUCCACGAGAACCAACACUGCAAUCAUCACGAAAGACGAAACCAUGAUCAAAUGUGAAAUCUGUUCUGAGAAUCAUGCCAACUACACCUGCCCUGAAUUCAGGGCUCUUUCCGUCCAAGAACGAUUGACCAUGGUAAAGGAAAAGCAAAUGUGUUUCAACUGCCUUAGAAGAAAUCACCUGAGCAUGAAUUGUCCAUCGGAGAAAACUUGCGGCAAGUGUCGCAAACGCCACCAUACUCUGCUCCAUGUCGGAGAAGGUUCCAUAUUGACUGCAGAAAAUUCCUCCUCAUUGGCCAACACCAUUUCCAGUAAGACUCCCGAAGCUGAAGAAGUGACAACAGCAGCAUGUUCCAAUAAGCAAACUGCGGCCCAUCAAGUUUUGUUGCUAACUGCGGUCGUAAAUGUGUUAGACAAAAACAACUCCCUCCACCCUUGUCGAGUUUUAUUAGACAGCGGAUCCCAAGCAAACUUGAUAACAGAUUCCAUGGUAACAAGGCUAAAUUUAAAACGGGUUGCAUCCAAUGUGACAGUGGCUGGUGUCAAUGGCACGAAGACAAAUUCCUCUGGUGCUGCUGUUGUACAAAUCCGCUCAAAAUAUUCCUCCUUCGCUGCCAAUGUGUAUUGUCUAAUCACCCAACAAAUAACAUCAAAUCUCCCAUCGGUUGAUGUAGACAUCCGUUCCUUUUCGUUGCCUCCUGGGAUUGAGCUCGCCGACCCGAGUUUCCAUCGAUCGGACAAAGUUGAUAUGCUGCUUGGUAACCAGUGGUUCCUCAAAUUGCUAUUGCCGGGUGUGAUUUCACUGGCCGACAACCUCCCAACGUUCCGUGAAACCCAACUGGGUUGGGUAGUGGGUGGUGAAUGCGAUCCAGAUGGUAAGCCAGAACAACUAGUCUUAUCUAAUGCCGUGACCUUCGUAGAACUGAAUGAUUCCGUCAUAAAAUUUUGGGAAAUUGAAUCCGUUCCCGAAGAGCAAACGAUUUCCACCGAAGAAAGUGAAUGCGAAGAGCAUUUUUUAGCCACUCAUCAGCGUGACGAUUCUGGUCGGUAUAUUGUUCAGCUACCGUUGCGCAAUUCCAUCGACGAGCUUGGUGAUUCAAGAAAUUUGGCCCUUCGAAGAUUUUUCGCUUUGGAAAGACGCCUUGUCGACCAACCAGAAUUGAAGUCACAAUACGUCGAAUUCAUGCACGAUUCUCCGACCGUCGAACACCACUACUAA